AUGGCUCAAACGAGCCGAUCGACCGACAUCAAAGUCACGCGCGCGAUGCGCGACGCGACAAACUCGGUCGCGCCGCGCGAUAUCGCGCCCAAGCCCCCCGCCGAGGGAAAGGAAAACAGCAAAUAUGACGGCUUCUUCUUCGCCGACCCCGCGGGGCUGACCACCCCGGCCCCCGCGUUUCCCACGAAGACGAUGGACCCGUCCCCGACGAGCGUCCUGAUGGGGCCGGGAACGCCCGACGAGGCCGCCGAGCAGCGCCCGCGCGAGAAAGCGACUCCCGAGAAUGCGACCGACGACGGCGCCGACGCCGAGAUGACGUUGGCCACCUCGCCGUCCGACGGCGAGAGCGUCGACGACGACGUCGCCUCGCCCGAAUCCCCGGAGCGCCCCGCGACGGUACCCGACCUCGCCGUCGCCUCGACCUCGCCGUUCGUGCCGAACGUCCUCGAGGAGCUCCUCGGCGCGCAGCUCCCCAGGGCCGAAUCCAACGUCCGCGCGCGUCGCGAUGCUGCGGGGAACCUCGCCGCGAACGGGGCGCCCCAAUCGGCCCAGACGCGUCGCGUCCAACACGCGACGUCCACCCCGACGUCCGCGACGUCGACGCGAUGGCGGUCCGUCCCGUCUCCGGCGCAGAUCGUCUCCAUGGGCCGCGAGUGGGCCGCGAGUGGGACGGUCACCCCGGGUCGAUCGACGGCGAUUCCGACUUUUCUCGACGACCUCGUCAACAACCACGUCGCGAAAGUCGCCGUCGAUACCAAGGGCACGAACACCGAGUCGAACAACACCGACGAGUGGGAUCGAACCGGAGACCUCAAAGUCGAGUGCGAGCGUCUCAAGCGCGAGGUUGACUUUCACAGGGAGGUUUCCAAGGAGGUUGGCGUCUCGCUCGACGCGAGCGCGGCGGAGCUCGAGCGGACCAAACGGAGGGUGGAAUUUUUGGAGGCGCUCAAGGACGAAUGGGACGCGCAGUUCAAGGAGCUCAGCGCCGAGACGGAGCGGUACCGCGCCGAGGCGGACGCCGCGCGGGAAGAAACGCUCGCGGCCGAGGCGUUGGCCGCCGCCGCGCGAGCCGCCGCGACGUCCGCGAACGCCGAGGCUGAGUCGCUGAGAAAAAACGUCAUUCACGACGACGACGGAUCCACCGGAGAAGCUCCGGAGACGUCCGGAACGACUUCCACCUCCGCAUCCGCGACGAGCGCCGAGGUGGGAUCCGCCGCGCUGUUUCGGCGGCACAGGUCUGGCGCGGAGAACGACGUCGCCGCGUCCAUCGCCGCCGCCCUUCGAGAGCGCGAGUCCGAACUCGACGCCGCUCGUUUAAACCUCGAUCAAACCCUCGCCGCCGCGAAGGCCGCGGAGGCCAAACUCGCGGCCAAGUGCGAGGAGUGCGCCGCGCUGAGGGGCGAGGUGAACGUCGCCAAGAGCACGCUGGCCGCCGCGCGCGAGGCCGUCGCGCAGACGGAGGGGGCGCUCAUGACCACGCUCGAAGAUAAGAAGCGGCUCGUCGAAGAUAAGAAGCGGCUCAUCAAGAAAAUCGAGAUGAUGGAAACGGACGCGGACGCCAAAGCGCGCGACGCGUGCGAGAGGGUACGUGACGCGACGGAACGCGGGCGCCGUUCGGUGUUGAGGGCGCGCGCCAACUGGGGCGCCGUCGCGCUGACGACCGCCGCGCUGGCGCUCGGAGUGUGCGCGUGGGCGGCGGCGGUACCCCCCGCGGGAGUAUUGAUCGCGGUUCCAUUCGGGAUCGAUUUCCGCGAUUGGCGGCUCGGGUCCGACGGUUCGACGUCCGCCUUUAACGCCGGCUUUAACGUCCGGACGGUGAACUUUACCCUCCCGGGCGCGGGGUACGCCGUCGCCGCUGAGCUGAGCGCGUGCCGCGCGGACCUGGCGACGUCCACGGCUUUAGCGUCGGCGCUCUCGAGUGAAGCGUCGAGGUUCGCCGGCCUCGCGGAGGAAAACGAUCGGCUCGCCGCCGAGGUGGAGGAUUUCGCACGAGUCACCGAGAGCUUACGCGAGAGGGAGGCGGACGUGCGUUCGUUGGAGUCCAGGCUCGCGCACCUCGAGGCGUCCGCGAACGACGCGGCGACACGCGGCGAUGACCCGUUCGCCGCGAGUUUGGCGGCGAGGGCGGAGACGGAGCGCCUUCGACACGCGCUGGCCAAGGAGCGAUCGCUUCGCCGACGGUCCGCGUUCCUCGAGAAACUCGACGUCGUCUCCAUCGCCGCCGUCUGCGUGGCGUGGGGGACGUGCCUGUUGAGUGCGUGGUUCUUCGCGCGCAAAGAGUCGGGACUUCGUCGAACUCUGAACGACUACGGCGCGUUGAUGGAGGCGGCUUCCGCGGAGCACGAGCGGCUGGGUUCGGAGUUGACGCGCGCGACGCUCGACGCGAACGAGGAGCGAACGAGGCGCGAACGUUCGGAGGGUCGCGCGAGGGAGCUGGAGAGGCAGCUGGACGCGUCCAGGAAAGCGGCGAACGAAGCCACGAAACGCGUGGAGGCGUUCGAGGCCAUCGGUCGGCGGGAGCGGGAACGCGAGCGAGACGGCGCUCGGUCGGCGGAGAAGCGAUUCGGAAAGGCGUCCAGCUUCGGCGGGGGAAAGAGCGUGACGUGGGAUGAUGACGUGUCCAUCGCGCCGUCGACGACGUCGUCGUCGUCGGUGGUGGACGCGAGAGCCGGGGCGCAGAACCCGGAGGCGGCCGCGAGGCCGCACAACACCGUGUUCAAGCCCCCGGUGGGCGGUGUCAAGAGCUUUCAGUGA